UGCUCUGAGACCGGAAGUAAAGCGGCAGUGCAGAAACCUUCUAGAACAGCAGCUGCACAUGCUUUACAUAUACACCUUUCCGAUCAGGCAGAGAUUAUUAGAGCAGUCAGAGUCAUGGAGCUCAGCGAGCAGAUCACAGGACUUGAGUGUGACCUAAAAGAAGUUACAAGACUCCUGGAGAUGUGUGAGAGGAAACGGGUGCAGGAUGUCCUCUCACAGGAACAGAAAAGGAUCGAGAAAGAGCUAGCUCAUAAACAGCAACAGAGGGAUCAACAAGCAAAAAGAGACUCUGUAGACAAGACAGACACAACAGUCAAGGGAUACACAGUCAAAAUAAACAAUUAUGGUUGGGACCAGUCAGAAAAAUUUGUAAAAGUUUACAUCACAUUAAAUGGAGUGCAUACAGUCCCUGCUGACAAUGUUCAGGUCAGCUUUACAGACAGGUCUUUCAAUGUUCUUGUUAAAGAUUUGGAGGGGAAAAACUAUCAAAUGACAGUCAACAAUCUCUUGUUCCCCAUUGUAGUGGAGGAAAGCAGUAGAAAGGUGAAAACAGACAUGGUCCUCGUCAUGUGCAAAAAGAAGACAACAAAGAAAUGGGAUUGUUUUACACAAGUGGAGAAACAGUCUAAGGAAAAAGACAAGCCCAACUAUGAUGAAAAUGCAGACCCUGGAGAGGGGCUGAUGAAUAUGCUGAAGAAAAUCUACUCGGAGGGUGAUGAUGAAAUGAAGCGCACCAUCAACAAGGCCUGGGCAGAGUCACAGGAGAAGAAAGCCAAAGGAGAUGAAUUUAACUUCUAGCCAUUGAAGAAUUUUUCACUUGUUAGCCAUUCCUGUGUUAUUGUCUUUUUAUUUAAUAUGCUUUUGUUAGCAGGCAAAAACAUAUUAAAUAAAUGGUAUUUUUUAUGGCUGAAAAUACUUAUUAGGACAUGUCUAUAAAUGUGUUUGAUAAUUCAGCAAUUGUUGUUUCCCGGGAGGAUCAGGGAAAAAAAAAACAGUUUGAAUCUAUUUGCUCAUAAAACCUAACAUGCUUGAUUUGGUUUUCAAGAUUGCAUACAUUGACCAUGGAAAAUAAAAUGUUGACAAAUUCA